CAAUAAUCAGUAAUUGAUCAAUCUUUGAAUGCAUAGUUGCCUAUCAGUAAAUUGAUUCUAAACUAUAUACCAUUCGACGUGCUAUGACUUGCUUUACAACACGGUAUAUUUGUUUUCACAAUUCUGAAUAGGUCAUCUAAUCCGAAAGAAUUGUUUCUCUUUUAUCUUUAUUUUCUUGACUAAAAUUUUAUUUAGAAAAACUUUAAUUCCUGCAGCUAUGCCUCGACAUCUAUUUCCUAUGCAAUUAAAAAUAAUUUUUUUUACUGCAACUGAAUUACCUGAAAUGAUGACUGAUUUUUUAGCAACUGUUUCAAAAAAAAUUCUUCAAUCACAUGCAUGGGAACCAGUUGAUCCUUAUGUUGAAGUUACGUAUGAUACAAUGACAGUAGCAACAGAAGCUCGUAAUGGUACAACACCUAUUUGGGGUGAAGCACUUUAUUUAAUUGGACGUUUUCCCCCACUUGUACGAACAAUUAAAAUAACACUUAAAGAUCGUGCAUCCGUUCAAAAAGAUCGUAUUAUUUCAUCAAUUUUUAUUGAUCUUUUUUUAAUAAGUGAAAGUAAUCCAUCAAUUGGUUUUUUACCAACAUUAGGUCCAACAUGGAUAUUUUUAUAUGGAAGUCCAAGAGAAUAUACAAUAAGUAAAGAUAAAGAUGGUCUUAGUGAAGGAAUGGGUGAAGCUGUUUGUUAUAAAGGACGAAUACUUAUGGCUAUUGAAUCUCAUCCAGUUACUACAGAAAAUACACCAAACAUGAAUAUACAAAAAGAAACUGAUAUAAAAUUUCCUGAAGCACAUAUAUUUCCAAAGAAACGUUCAUUUCUCUUAUUUGGUUGUAUUUAUGAUGUUAGUAUGAUUAAUAAAUCAUUUGGUAAUGGAACAAUCUCUUUUGAAUUAAGUAUUGGUCCAAGUGGAUAUUUAAAUCCACAAAAAUUAGUUGCUGCAAUUCAUAAGCCUGUUUCAUCGUUAACACGUACUUAUCAACAUGUUUCAAUUGAUAAUAAUAAAGAUUAUUUUCGUUUACCAAUUGAUUUACAAAAACCAAUAUUAUUUACAAAAUAUAUAUUUCAUGAUUAUAUCUAUCGUAUGACAUUAUCAAAUCGUCUAAAAAAUGCAUCUGCAUAUUUGUAUGAACAAAUUUGUGAAUUUGAAUUGAAAAUUGAUUCUAAGAUAUCAAAUGAAAUUCUCAUAGAAGAAUAUCGAAAAAUUCAAUAUUAUAUUCAUACAUUACCAUGUGGAUGUGCUGAACAUAUAAAAGAACGUGAAAUUUUUGGUACUACACCUGUAGUUCAUUCGAAUUUAUACGAAUUAUUAAAUUCUUCUCAAUCAACUCUUAAAAUGAAUCAAUUAGAUAUUAAACGAUUUAAAAAAAUUCUUAAUAAUAUUCAAUCAAUUAAAACUUGGAUUUCAAAAGAAAUUAAUUUUGAUGUAUCACAACGAUAUAAAAUCAUUGAAGAAUUGCAUAAAAUAGCACGUGCAUUUCAACAAAUGGCUACUGAUGCACAACCAUCUUUACCUGAUAUAUUUUUAUGGAUGAUAUGUGACUCCAAACGUGUAGCUUAUGCACGUUUUCAACCUGAAGAUCUUCUUUUUAAUUUAUGUAAAGGUGAAAAAGGUUUAUAUAAUGGUCGUGUACAAACUAUUUUUCUCAAAACACCACGUUCAACAGAUAAACCAUUAAAUCCAUCAACAAAUGCGAAAGUACAAAUUUAUCUUUGGCUUGGAAUUGAAGAUCAUGAACCAUCGAUAUUUAAACACUUACCUGCUGGUUUUAAUAUGCCACCAUUACCAUUACAUCCUCAACUGAAAUUUAUAACGUAUAACGAACGAACUUUUUAUGAAUUACGAUGUCAUUGUUAUAAAGCAAGAGCAUUAAUUACUGCGGAUGCAACAGGUUUAUCAGAUCCUUAUUUAAGUGUUACAGUUGGUAAUGAGACACAAACAGCACCAAUUCUCUUAGAAUCAUUAUGUCCACAAUGGAAUGUAACGUUAGCUUUUCAAAAUUUGGUGCAUGUUGGAAGUCGAGAAACAGCUGAAGAAAUUAUUGGAAAUGUUGUUGUCGAAUGUUAUGAUUAUGAUGAAGUACGUAGACAAUCAUAUGAAUUUGAUGUUCAAUUACCUUUUCAAUCUUUAAUUCGUAUACAACUAUGGGAUUGGGAUAUGACAAGUUUCAAUGAUAUGAUUGGUGAAACAAAAAUUGAUAUUGAAAAUCGUUGGUUUUCAUUUCAUAGAGCAACUUGUGGUUUACCAAAAAGAUAUGACAGUGCGGGUUAUAAUACUUGGCGUGAUACAAAAAAACCAACGAUAAUUUUAACUGAAUUAUGUCGAACAACACAUAUUAAUGUACCCGUUUAUAUGGCAGAUUUUCGUUCAGUAACAGUCGGCGAUAAAAUUUUCGAAUGUGAUCCUGAAUGUGUUGAAUUUGUCAUGGAUACAAAAUCAUCCGUAGAUAUAUUGUAUCGAAAAGCUUAUCAUGAAUCAACCGACGAAUAUAUACGACAAAAUACAGCAUUAGCUGCUCUACAUACAUGGGGAAGAAAAAUCGAUCAGAAAUGUGCUUUGGUUACUGAACAUAUUGAAUGUCGAUCACUUUUUAAUCCAGAGUUUCCUGGAAUUGAACAAGGAAAAUUAGAAAUGUGGUUAGAUUUUUUUCCAAUGUCACGACCACCUUCAAAUGCUAUGGUUGAUAUAACACCACCUAAACCUACUUCUUAUCAAUUACGUAUAAUUAUCUGGAAUACAACUGAUAUAGAAUUAAAUGAUGAAAAUUUCCUUACGGGAGAGAAAACUUCAGAUAUUUAUGUUACAGCAUGGAUCUUAGGAGAAAGAGUUGAUGCACAACAAACAGAUAUCCAUUAUCGAUCAUUAACAGGCGACGGAAAUUUUAAUUGGCGAUUCCUAUUCGAUUUUGACUAUUUAGAUAUCGAAGAAAAAAUUGUUUUUCAAGCAAAAGAUUCCGUAUUUCAAGUUGGCAAUACAACAAAAAAGAUUCCACCAAAAAUUAUUAUUCGUGUUUAUGAUGCAGAUUUUUUUUCAGCUGAUGAUUUUCUUGGUGAAUGUGUUCUUAAUCUAACACAUGUACCACUCGGUACUAAAGUACCAAACAAAUGUAAAGCUGAUAUUCUACUUAAUCCAAAACAUAGAGCAAUUAAUUUAUUUGCUAAUAAACGUAUUGCUGGUUGGUGGCCAAUGAUUGCUCCAUUGAAAGAGGGUGAAAUUCGUGAUAAAACUUUAUUAGGAGGAAAAUUUGAAGCUGAAUUUUCACUUGUUACUGCUGAAGAAGCAGAAAAAAAUCCAGUUGGAAAAGCACGUGAACCACCACAACCACUUGAAAAACCGAGUCGUCCAACAACAUCAUUUCUUUGGUUUACAUCACCAUGGAAAACAUUACGUUAUGUUGUAUGGCGUAAUUUCAAAUGGGCAAUUAUUCUUGGAGUCCUUAUUUUUAUUGGUGUUAUUUUUCUUUUACUUGCUAUUUGGACAAUACCCGGUGAAAUCGUUAGCCAAGUAGCAACUAAAAUCUUUAAAAAUAAAUAA